AUGGUACAGUCUUGGUUCAUUCAUAAAAUUCUAGCAGAGCAUAAAAGGAGGGGCUUGCAUUCUAGUCGUCCAGUUACCAGGUAUACACCUGGAGAAAAGAGCCGUGCCUUCUCUGCCCAGCAGAAGGCCAGAGCUAUAUUUAACUCUAAUCAGGACCUGUUCUAUUUUUCCUUCGUGAUGUACAAUAACCUGACGCCUGACAUGGAUUCAGUCUCUCCCACCUGCCGGACAGAGUCUCCUACCGGGACACUGUGCCAGAAUACACCAGAGGAGGCGAUCUCCCCGGCUUCCUCCUCAGAGAGCAAUGCAAAGGUAUGAAUGGCUUUUUUAAUCAUAUAUUCAACAUGCGGCCAGGGAGGCACUCAGGGCAAAUCAACCCCCCCUUUCUUUGCUCCACAGAUGAUUCUUCGUGGUGGGGGGAGGGGGUGGAACUGAUUGAUAAGAUUUUAAUUAACUGGACGCGCUUACAUUAUCAUUUCACGUGUGUUCGAUAUUUUAUGGCUCUGGAUGCAAAUUGACACAGAAACGUGACAAAAUGGCAGUGAUGGCUGGAUUGUUUUGGUUCCGACGUCCUGGGACCAAAUGUGAGCGUGUCGAUGCAGCGGUUCAUUGAGAAAAAUAAAUCCAUUCAGGAGACUCCACAGCAUCCCUGCGUCAGUGUUGACGUCAGAAACAAUGAUAAAGUCAAAUAUUGAUCAGGAGAAGGCUAUUUCAGGUUGGGUAUAUUUCAAGAAAAUUAAACACAUGCAGGGUAUCCUAUGAUUAACACUCCCAGGGCCUUUAUCAUUGAAUAGAUUUAAUGAUGUUUGAUUUCUCAGUUAGAUCUAUUUUAAUCCACUUUUAGGAUUACAGUAGGCCUUCUUUCAUUCAUUCAUUAAAAAUAAUCUCAAUUCAAGUCCUCAUUAUCAUUCUUUUUUUUUCCUCCAGGAGCUCUGCCAGGACAUGAGCAUUGAAGACACUCCGUUUGUGCCAACAGUCACCGCAAUUUCCUCUACCCCAGAUUUCCAGUGGAUGGUCCAGCCUACAAUCAUUACAUCUGUCUCCCCGUCUCUGGGUAGCAAGCAAGCCAAUGAAGCACAAAGCUCUCACCAGGCAACACCCAAAGAGGGCGGGAAUAAGGGGAAAAGUGCAGUCAGAAAAGGGAAAACAGAGCAGGUAGGUUUGCCUCAGAUGGUGUCUACCUGCUAUUGGAUAAAAUGCUCAACAGUGUAAAUUUACAUAUGCCACUCUGAAUUCCUGGUGUGCAACAGUGCUGAUGUGCAUGCAGCUGUGGUGGCGUGUGGUGGCUGUGUGCCUUCCUUAGGCACUCGAUUUAUAUUCAGGUCACAGAGAGUCUGCAACAAUGGUCUAUUUUUAGAUGCAAUGCAGUGAAACAUGCUUUUGCCAGCCUUCAGAGGGGGAAUUGGCAACGGAUGUAGCGGAUUAGGAGAUGAAAUGGCUGGAUUCUUCAAGGUAAUAACUGAAUUAUUUCUGUCACAUCCUAGCUGUCUCCAGAGGAGGAGGAGAAAAAGAGGAUAAGGAGGGAGAGGAAUAAAAUGGCUGCAGCAAAGUGUCGCAACAGACGGAGGGAGCUCACAGAUACACUGCAAGCUGUAAGUAAACAGUGAUGCAUUUACUCAGCUGUCAAUUAGCACCUGCCAUGUGUGUGUGAGUGAGUGUGUGUGUGAUUUCCAUGUGGAUAAUUUUUGGAUUUUGGUCUGUGUGCAGGAGACUGACAAGCUUGAAGAGGAGAAAGCAGCCCUGGAGACAGAGAUCGCCAACCUGCUCAAAGAAAAGGAAAGGCUGGAAUUUAUCCUGUCCACACAUAAACCCAUGUGCCAGUUGUCAGAGGAGCUGGAGUCUAUUUUUCAAGGGCCAACAGGGUCGCCGGGGCUACCACCCAGUCCAGAUGAGGACAGACUCCCAGAGGAUGGCAUCCAGGAAGCUCCGUCUCUCCAAGAUAUGGACAUCCCCAGUGAUCCGUCCACAGCCAUCUCUGGAAACUCCAACAUCCUCCUGUGUGCCAGUGCAGAUAUCAACCUCUGUGACCUGGAGCCCUCUCUGGACAUUAAAGAGGGGCUUCUGGAAAACAUGCUGCCCAGUUUGGAGGAUAAAACCCCCAUGGAGACGGCUCGCUCUGUGCCAGACAUAGACCUGAGCAGCUCUCUCGGGGUCUCGGACUGGGAGACCCUGUACAAGUCUGUUUCCAGCGACCUGGAGCCUCUCAGCACUCCUGUGGUUACCUCCACACCCACCUGCAGCAGCUACCUGUCUGUAUUCACGUUUGCGUGUCCUGAGCUGGACUCUCUAACAGAGGGACUAGACGGUCAUAAAGGUGGAGGGAGCAAAGCAGAAUCUGUUGAUAUCCUUAACUCUCCGACUCUCCUGGCCUUAUAG